CUCAAUUAAUUAUGUUCAAUUCAAUCCUAUUUUCCUAGAUAGAAAGGUAUGUGAUGAGGAGGUUUUAAAUAAAUAAAUCUUUGGUCAUGCCACCUAGCUCGGGUGAAUUAUGGGGGCAUCAUUUGAUGCCAUCCCAGGUUUUGGUGGACUGUUUACUUCCUACUGGUGUCAUUGUACCCAUACAAUGUAACAGAGAUGUGACGCUAGAAAGAGCAAAGUUUGAAUUGUGGUCAGAAGCAAAGAAAUAUCCACUAUUCAGUAAGUUGUUGGAUCCAGAUUCCUAUAUAUUUGUUGCCAUAACACAAGAUGCUGAAAGAGAAGAAUUCUAUGAUGAAACAAGAAGAUUAUGUGAUCUGAGGUUGUUUCAGCCAAUUCUGAAAGUUAUGGAACCCAUUGGAAACAGGGAAGAAAAGAUUUUAAAUUAUGAAAUUGGUAUGUUAAUAGGAAUACCUGUAAAUGAUUUGAAUGAAACAAAAGAUUUGGAAGUAAUGACUUUUAGACGGAAUAUACUCAAUGUGUGCAAAGAAGCUAUUGGUGAGAGAGAACGGAAUGGGCCUCAUGGACAAGCUCUGUAUGCCUAUCCACCUGAUAUUGAAUCAUCCAAGUUUCUACCACCACAUUUACACCAAAAAAUAAGAGCUAAAGAUGAUUCAGUGAUUAUGUGUGUAUGGGUAGUGUCUGGUAAUAAUGAUAGAACUAAAUAUAGUGUGAAACUCAAUAUCUCAGCUUCUCCUACUGAUGUUAUAGCAGAAACAAUACGUCGUCGCAGUCGUCUCAUGAGUAUGACUAAAGAACAUACUCAGAUGUGUAUCGAGGAAUUCAGCCAAUCUUAUGUGUUGAAAGUUUGUGGUUGUGAUCAGUUUUUGUUAGAAGAGUGUCCUAUAGGCCAAUACAAGUAUAUACGUGAUUGUAUAGCAGAUGAUAAAAUACCUCAAUUUAUGUUAUACACUAAAGAUAGUGUGUAUAGCUCAUUAACAGAAAGUCAUUUUACAGUGCCUUCCUAUGUCCAGAGAGGUAUACAAGCUCUAGCUGAAAUCAACAAUCAACAAAUAUUAUAUACUAAUGAUGUAAAUACUGCUUUAAGAAUUAAAAUAUCUUGCGCUUCAUAUGUUAAUGUUAAAGAAUUUGGUAAAAUCUAUGUUAAAGCUGGUAUAUAUCAUGGUACAGAACCUUUAAGUGAAAUAAGAAAUACCCAUCAAGGUGAUUCAACAAAUCCUAGAUGGGACCAGUGGUUGACUUUUCUACCUAUACCAGAUAUACCACGUAGUGCUAGAUUAUGUCUGUCUAUUUGUUCUGUUUCUGUGGCUAAACGUAAAAAUAAAAAGGUACAUUAUGCAUUAGCUUGGGGAAAUAUUCAGAUGUUUGAUUUCAAUCAUAGAUUAGCAUCAGAAAAAGUUAGUUUACAUUUAUGGCCAAUGCCACAAGGAAUGGAUGAUUUAUUAAAUCCUAUUGGAUUACCUGGUUCCAACCCUGAUAAAGAUUGUCCCUGUUUAGAAAUUGAAUUUGAUAGACUAGCUCAUCCAGUAGCAUAUCCACCUGAUGCCUUAAUAGACCAGAUUGGCCAGACAGCUUAUUUAAAGGAAAGACAGGGAAUAUAUCAUAUGGCUGACAGUCGAGAACAGUCAGAAAAAGAAAUGGAUAUGUUAGAAGAAAUCAUAUCACGAGAUCCAUUAGCUGAUAUUUUAGAACAAGAUAAAGAACUCUUAUGGAAGAGAAGAGAAUAUUGUCUUACAAUACCCAACUCUCUACCUAAGUUGUUAUUAGCAGUUAAAUGGUAUGAUAGAAAAGACGUAGCUCAGCUUUAUUUAUUGUUAAAAAGAUGGCCACAAGUCUCCCCAGAAGUUGGACUAGAGUUGUUAGAUUGUUCAUUCUCUGAUUUAAAAGUGAGAGAGUUUGCUGUAUCUUGUUUAGAUAAAGGAUUAAGAGAUGAUAAACUGUUACAAUACUUAUUACAACUUGUACAGGCCUUGAAGUAUGAAGCAUAUCUAGAAAAUCCACUGACCUCAUUCUUGUUAAAGAGAGCUCUCCUAAGUCAGAGAAUUGGCAACUUUUUCUUCUGGCACUUAAAAUCUGAGAUCCAUAGAACUUCUAUCAGAUUACGGUUUGGUUUGAUAUUAGAGGCUUAUUGUCGUGGUUGUGGAUCUUAUCUUAAAGAAUUGAUAAAACAAGUUGAAGCCCUAGAUAAACUGACAAAAUUAACAGAUAUGUUAAAAUCAGAAGUUAAAGAUGAUGAUCAAAUGAAGAGAUUACAUGAACAGUUACAACAACCUGAUUAUGUAGAGGCUUUACAUCAUGUUAAUUCACCAUUAUGUUGUGGUCAUAUCCUUGGUGAUAUCAAAAAAGAUUUCUGUCAAGUAAAAACAUCUAAGAAGAGACCAUUAUGGUUGGUUUGGAGUAACCCUGACCCUAUGGCGGAUAUUGCUGAUAAUGAUUUUCUACUAAUGUUUAAAAAUGGAGAUGAUUUAAGACAAGAUAUGUUAACUUUACAAGUGAUCAGAUUAAUGGAUUCUAUAUGGAAAGCUGAAGGUUUAGAUCUAAGAAUGAUACCAUAUGGUUGUAUGGCCACCGGUAAAGAUGUAGGGUUAAUUGAAGGUGUCAGAAACUCAAAAACUAUUACAUCCAUACAAAAUGUACGAGGAACCAUAGCUGCCAUGCAGAUGGAUUCCUCACAACUUCAUCGCUGGAUUAAAGAAAGAAAUUCUGACAGAUAUGAACAAGCUAUUGAUGCUUUUACUAAAUCCUGUGCUGGUUAUUGUGUAGCUACCUUUGUAUUAGGUAUUGGUGAUAGACAUCCAGAAAAUAUCAUGGUCACAGAAGAUGGCAGAGUUUUUCACAUUGAUUUUGGUCAUUUUCUGGAUCAUAAAAAGAAGAAAUUUGGUAUCAAUAGAGAACGUGUACCAUUUGUUUUAACUGAAGAUUUUAUCAGAGUUAUAGCUAAAGGUGUUGAUCAACCUAUAAAACAAAAAGAAUAUGUCAACUUUCAAGAAUUAUGUUCAUCAGCUUACAUGAUAUUGAGAAAGCAUUCCCAUUUAAUAAUAACAUUGUUUACCUUAAUGUUAUCAUGUGGUAUACCAGAAUUACAAUCUCUAGAUGAUAUUGGUUACGUACGGAAAACACUGGCUGUGGAGAAAGAUGACCAAGCUGCAAUCAAGUAUUUUCAUACCCAGUUUCGUAGUGCUUAUGGUGUUUCAUGGACCACUAAACUUGAUUGGAUGUGUCACAAUUUUAAAAAGAAAAUCAACUAAAGGACGUAAAUGAUUCAAGUUGAUAUUUGUUGAACUAUUUUAGUCUUAUGUUUUGUGAAAGGUUGACCAUAAGACUAAUGUUGCACUGACAAUGCAAAUCUAUGACCUGUAAUAAGGAUAUCUUACAGAUAUUCAAUGCUACAUAUUCAUAUUUAUAUAUAUAUAUGGGGGUGAAUGUGAGUAAGUCAUAAGUUUAUCAGUAUAACAUAAAAUUCCUCUUAUUAUGAGAUGAUUAAUAAUUCAAUCAUAAAAUUCUACAUGUUGUCAAAUGAUACAUUUAUCAAUACCUGUUGACUGUCUUACUCUAUCUUUUUCAAUUAGAUUUCAGGAUGAUAAGGAAUUCAAAUCUAGAGUGAACUCUGUUGAUUAGCUAUUCUGCAACCGAUCAAAUUUUUUUAUUUCCGUGCAUGUAUAUUAAAUGGUCAAAAAAAGAAAUGGAUCAAUCAAUAGUCUUUAUUCAGAACUAAUGCAUGUUAUGAUGCGGGCACACAAGCAGUCUUGACCAGAAAUUUGUGUUGCCGUUAAAAUUUAGAAUCAUGUCCCCUACAAAUUCCUUUCAAUGGCAUGCUCCUCAAUGAUAAUCAACAUGGUAGAAAACGACCAACUGGAGAUAUUUGUCUCCUCGUAUGCCUGUGCCAGUUGAUGAACUCUUGACAAGACUCUAGUCGAUGACAAAAAUCUCAGACCAAGACCGUUCAUGUGCCCUCACCUUUAGUUAUGGUCUCAGAAACAUGCUAAUUUUUUCUAUAUUGAAUGUAGUCCUUGUUUUUUCAUUAGCCUACUGUUGUAUUGUAUUGUUGAAUUUCUGUGAUACAAAAUACAUUUUUAUAAUCCAAUCUUUUGAAAAUAGUAAAUAACAAUUUAAUGUUACUAUAAAAGGACUACCUUUUUGUUUAAUGCCCAAUAAAAUGAAGCCUUUAUAAAAUU